UUUGUGUUGCUUUUAUGCGUUGCAUGGCUGUGUGAUUAUCAUUGCAGACCCGUUUUCCAUUCUCACUACUGUUUUGCUUGCAUGUCCAUUUUACUCAGCAUCUGUCUCGGGGGUUUUCUUUGGAUCCGAUGUGUCAUUUCAGAUAUCAAUUGUCGUUGCAUCGGGGUCGCAUACUCAGGGAAGAGGGAGUCACCGAGGAAACGGUUGCAUCAUUCGGCAUCACUGGCGGGGGAUCAAUGCAUUAUGAAGCGAGGUUUGAGGCCUCUUGAGGAAGCUGGUUAUCAUGGUUUGGUCCACUGUCGCUAGAGUAUCCGGAAGAGAUCCUAGCCCAUGACAGGUCUGUUGUUUACAUCUUGUACUUCUGUGUGUUAAUAUGAAAUCGCGGCUGGGACGCUUUUGCUUCAAUUCCGGGCCUUUACCCAAGCUUGGCUUAUA